AUGGAUAUUCGUGCAAUCAUACCAUUUGCAAUAGCAUAUUUACUUAUAUUCAUCCUUGGUGUGAUCGGUAAUGCUUUGGUAAUAUAUCUCACUUUAUUACAUCGAAAACUUCAAACAGUACAAAAUAUGUUCAUAUUGAAUUUAGCUAGUGCCGAUUUAGUUGUAUGUAUUUUUUCAUUACCAAUUACGCCAAUUGCUAAUGUUUAUAAAAAUUGGUACUUUGGUUCGGCAAUGUGUCACGGACUUCCGUGGAUGCAAGGAAUUGCGGUAUUCAUUGGUACUUUUAGUUUAUGUGCCAUUUCUGUUGAUAGGUAUAUUAUGGUGACAUUACCAACAAGAAGGAUUAUCAAUAAAACUCGUUCGAAGUAUAUAACAAUUAUUCUUUGGACAUUAUCAAUCAUUUCAACACUUCCAUAUGCAAUAUAUAUGGAUCUUGUUGUUGUUGACGGAAUUUGUGGACAAUUUUGUACUGAAAAUUGGCCAAAUUCUCGCCUUAGAGCUAUAUAUACGAUAUUUGUUUUUGUGGUACAAUUCGUAAUUCCGCUAACAAUUAUGUUCAUUUGCUAUUAUCAUAUUUUUGCUGUACUACGAAAAAGGAUGUCAAGGAAGAUUAUGCGUUUAAAAGAACGUUCAAUGGUUAUGGCAUCGUUAUGUCUAACGGAAAGUUCCAACAAUGAUGUAAGUUGCAGGCGAAAUUUCGGCACUGAUACUUUCAAAGAAAAUCAAGAUCGUUUACGAAAUGAAUUAGUAACAAAUGCUAGGCGUAAUACGAUAUUACUCGUUAGUAUGGUUGUAUUAUUUGCCAUAUCAUGGCUUCCACAUAAUAUUGUUUCAUUAUUAAUGGAAUUUGAUGAAAGUUUAUUUGAAUGUAGUGAUGGUGUCAACAAUAUCUAUCUCAUCAAUUUAUUUACCCAUUGGGUAGCGAUGGCAAAUAAUGUUUGGAAUCCAAUUUUGUAUGCACUCCUAAAUCCAUUAUUCAUUGAUUUAAUGACGAAGACAUUGUAUAGGUUACGAUCGAUAAUAUGUUGUUGUAUUUAUCGUGAUACAAGUACCACACAAGAUGAAUCACGUGAAAUUGAAUGA